GCAGUGCGGGACAGCCGCCGCCGCGGGGAGCUUCGGUCCCGAGGGAUGGCGGAGACACCCUGCGGUCACCUGUGCUUGGGGACACAGCCAUCCCGGGCAUGGAUAACUUCGAGUACAGCAUCCAGCUGAACGACCGCGAGUGGGCCGAGUUCCUGCGGGCCUCCGAGGAGUGCAGCCUGGCGCCGGCCUCGCUGGCCACGGCCGAGGAGCAGAGCCUCAGUGACAUUGAGCAAGGGGACACCGCGGGACGCGACAGGGUGAUCGCAGCCAGGCCGGGCGGCGAGCCAGCACCGCCUGGCACCGCCAGCCCUGUCCCACGUGGUGACAGCGCCGGUGCCACCCGCCCGGAGCGCGGGCAGCGCUGCGUGCCGGAGCGGCUGUCGGGCAGCGAGGACGAAGCGGAGCUGGGCUCUGUGGGCAGGCUCCUGUGCCACAGCCACCAGCCCAGCGGCCCGGCGGCCGCUGCCAUGCCCAGCGCCCAGAGGAGGCAGCCCCCGCGGCACCCGCGGCGGCGGCGCCAGCGCGGGACACGGCGGGGCAGCGCCCGCGGGCACGGAGCCCCCGGGCAGGGCGGGGCAUGCGGGAGCGGGACAAGCCCCGCUGGCACCGCCAGGAGCCCCAGCAGCCUCUGUGCCCCCGGAGCCCGCGGGGAGCCCGUCCCCCGGGACGGUGCCCAGGGCGGCCGCGAGCCGGACAAGGCGGGCACGGAGCCGGGAGCGGCAUCGCCCGGCGCGGUGAGGCCCAAGGUGCCGGCACAGCCCAGGAAGAGCCGCAAGCAGCGCGGGGCCGGCGGCGCCGAGGGGGACAGGGACCCCCUGAGCGCGGCACCCCCCGGGAAGGCUCCGCCGGGCUCGCCGGGCUCCCCUCGGAAGGGCAGAGCCAAGGACAAGGCGGCCAAGGGAGCGCUGGUGAGGCUGGGCAGCGAGGAGGCGGCGGACAACAGGCGGGGGGACGGCGGCGAUGCCGGGACCCCAAAGGCCCCGGGCAGGACAAAGGGCACCAAGCCCCCAAAGGCAGGGCAGGCCGGGGCUUCGGGCGGACGUGACAGUGUCCCCGCGGCCCCUGGAGACGGCCCAGGAGAGCAGAGCCAGGAGAUGCCAGGGAAGCCUCUCCAGCCCGGGAGUGCGGCAGCGUUUGGGGGGAAUGCUGCUGAGGGGGCUGGCGGGGAGCCUGCAGCCGAGCUCCCCAGGGCCGUGAGCCCCCUGUGCUUUGCGGAUGGGGCCUCUGGCAAGCCCAGCUCCCUGGAUGUGACCUGGCCCGAGAUGUACGAGUACCUGUUCUGUGAUUCCCAGGAGGAGGAGGAGCUGGGCAGCUCCCUGGAGGGGCGGAAGUCGCCCUUGCAGAGGGAAAUCUCCUGGCCUGAACUCUACGAGUACUUCUUCACCGAGCCGGAAGGAAGCAGGAAAAAAGGCAAAGCUAAAGAGAGGAAAAGAAAGAAGUUCAGAGGCUUGGAGCGCCCUGGGCUGCACAAGGAGGCUCCCAGCUCUGCUCCAGACAAGGACACCGUGGUUAUCUCAGUCCCUGACGUGCAUGAACACUUCUUCCCAGAGCCAGCCCCCAACAGGAUGGGCUGGAGAGGGAUUUUCUCCAUGGCCCCGGCCUCAGAGGUGAAGAAAGCUGUGGGGGCGUUGAGGUCCCUGCUGCAGAGGCAGGGGCAGCUGGGAGGAGGCCAAGCCCCGAGCUCCCAGGCCCUGGUGCCCAGAAGAUCCGGAGAGGAGCUCGCCCUGGUCCCGCUGGGUGGAGCCCAGGGGUGGCCAGAAGAUGAGGACAGGGCCCUGGCACUGAGAGCAGCAGAGGAGGAGCCCCGGGUGCUGAGCCACAAGGACAUGUGCCUGGUGUUCUGUGCCUUCGCCUCCUGGGCUGUGAAGACAUCUGACCUGCAGGCUCCGGAUGCCUGGAAGACCAUGUUCCUGGCGAGCUUUGGCACCCUCUCGGCCAUCCGCUACUUCCGAAGGACGGUCAGGGAAGGGCCCCCCCGGAGUUAA